CCAUUUCUUUCAUCAGCAUACAUACAUUGAAGUCCUCACCCAAAAAACUUGCAGAAUCUUGUCUCGCUCUACCACUUUCUCUCUCUAAAAAUGGCACCCAAGGCGGAGAAAAAGCCUGCCGAGAAGAAGCCGGCUGCAGAGAAAGCCCCUGCGGCGGAGAAGGCUCCGGCGGAGAAGAAGCCCAAGGCCGGGAAGAAGCUUCCCAAGGAGGGCGGUGCCGCCGCGGGGGACAAGAAGAAGAAGCGGAUGAAGAAGAGCACGGAGACCUACAAGAUCUACAUCUUCAAGGUGCUGAAACAGGUCCACCCUGACAUCGGGAUCUCGAGCAAGGCCAUGGGAAUCAUGAACAGCUUCAUCAACGACAUCUUCGAGAAAUUGGCGCAGGAGGCGUCGCGUCUCGCGCGCUACAACAAGAAACCGACCAUCACUUCUCGCGAGAUCCAGACCGCCGUGAGAUUGGUGUUGCCGGGGGAGCUGGCGAAGCACGCCGUCUCUGAAGGAACCAAGGCUGUGACCAAGUUCACCAGCUCUUGAAUUGCUUUAUGUGUAGCUCUGAAAUUAGGGUUUCCGAAUUAGGGCUAAGGUUUAGGGUUCCUUUUUGUCAUUUUGAUGUAAAGAGUGCAGAAUUUGUUGUUGUGAAUCAAAUUCAAUCAAUGGAAAUUCCUUAAUUUCUGGAAUUUGUCAUCA